UGUAAAUGGAACAAAGUGGCGGUUUUCACUUAAUAUAUUAUUUUUCCUCUAUUAUAUCUUCUACACAGAUUUCUUCCGUUCUCAGAUGCAGCGAAGUCUCGUGCUGGUCUCCGAGAUCUUUCCUUUCACCUCUUGGCGAUCCGAAUUAGGGGUAGGGAGGUGCACAUUCCUCCAAAAUCCCGACUUCUUGUUGUAAUUUCGAUCGUUCUUGGCGUCCAAAGGUAGGAUCUUGGAAGACGGAACCCGCAAACCUAGUUGGGACGUCGUCGGGGGCUUGUCGGAUCGGCUUGGAAUCCUAGAUCGGGGGGGAGGGACAUGGGGAAGGUGGCGGUGACGACGGCAGUGGUGGGCGCGGCGGCGGCGUGCGCGGUGGCGGCGCUCGUCGUGCGGCACCGGAUGCGGAGCUCGGGCCGGUGCGCGCGUGCCGCGGCCCUGCUCAAGGAGCUCGAAGAGCGGUGCGCCACGCCCCUGGGGAAGCUGCGGCAGGUGGCCGACGCGAUGAUGGUGGAGAUGCACGCCGGGCUCGCCUCCGAGGGCGGGAGCAAGCUCAAGAUGCUCAUCAGCUACGUCGACAAGCUCCCCACCGGGGAUGAGACAGGAUUGUUUUAUGCUUUAGACCUUGGAGGAACCAACUUCCGUGUCUUGCGUGUACAACUAGGAGGAAAGGAACAGCGUGUUGUCAAGAAAGAACCUAAGGAGGUUUCAAUUCCACCCCAUUUAAUGGUUGGAGGCUCAGAUGAACUGUUUGAUUUUAUUGCUUCAGCUUUAGCAGAGUUUGUUGCUUCUGAAGGUGAAGAUUUUCACAUUCCUGUCGGUAGACAGAGGGAACUUGGAUUUACCUUCUCUUUUCCAGUGAGGCAAACUUCUAUUGCAUCAGGCACCCUUAUUAAAUGGACAAAAGGUUUCAAUAUUGAGGGCACGGUUGGGGAAGAUGUGGUGGCGGAAUUGACCAGGGCCAUAGAAAGACAAUGUCUUGAUAUGCGAGUUUCAGCACUGGUUAAUGAUACAAUCGGGACAUUAGCUGGGGCAAGAUACUAUGAUAAUGAUGUAAUUGUUGGUGUGAUAUUAGGCACUGGUACAAAUGCAGCCUACGUAGAGAGAGCCCAUGCGAUACCUAAGUGGCAUGGUCUCCUACCCAAAUCAGGAGAGAUGGUUAUCAACAUGGAAUGGGGGAAUUUCAGGUCAUCUCAUCUUCCUACGACAGACUAUGAUCAAACAUUAGAUACUGAGAGCUUAAACCCUGGUGAACAGAUUUUUGAGAAGUUGAUCUCUGGAAUGUAUCUGGGAGAAAUUUUACGUAACGUGCUUCUGAGAUUGGCUAAUGAAGCUGCCUUGUUCGGAGAUAGUGUUCCACCAAAACUUGAAACCCCAUUCAUACUAAGGACCCCAGUCAUGUCAGCCAUGCAUCACGACAACUCACCUGAUCUUAAAGUAGUUGGGACUAAACUGAAGGAGCUCUUGGGGAUCCCUAACACUUCCCUCAAGACAAGAAAAGUGGUAGUCCAGGCAUGCGACAUCAUUGCCAAGCGUGGGGCUCGCUUGGCUGCUGCUGGCAUCGUUGGUAUCCUGAAGAAGAUUGGGCGUGAUUCUGCAGCCAAGGAUGGUGGUGACACUCCGAGGACGGUUGUUGCCAUCGAUGGCGGGCUCUAUGAACACUACAACAUAUUCAGCGAAUGCUUGCGAAGCACGGUGAAGGAGAUGCUUGGAGAAGAGGCCUCGGCUUCUGUUGUCAUCAAGCUGGCCAAUGAUGGGUCAAGUAUCGGAGCAGCUCUCCUUGCAGCUUCCCACUCUCAGUAUCUAGACGUUGAAGAGUCCUAAAAGGGUAUCUAGUUCAGGCAACCUUUUGUACAUAACCAUCGAAACCUCGUAUCCUUUUCUCUCUUGUAUCUUAAUUUAACCAUUGCGGUAGUAUAUAUAAUGGUAGAGGGAACACGACGUGGUCACCUCAUAGAAGGAAGCACAACAGACUCUUAUAUGGAGGAUGUUGUUGCUGUCCUGCCCCUCUUGUGUCCGUUUCUUCUCUUUCUUUCAUGGUGCUAUUGUCUCUUCACUAUUAACCAAUAAAUGGAGGGGAUACAAUAAGUUUUGAA